AUGAGAGCAAACAAUAUUAUAGUAUAAGAGGAACCAAAAUAAAAUGUAUUAGUUGCAUUUUAUAAUACAUUGAAGUCACUUAUCAAAUGUGAAUGUUUUAAAUAGUAAUAAGGAUUUUUAAUUUAUUAGAUUUAUGCCAAUCUCCUAUAAUUAAAAGCCAAUACAAAUUCCAAAAUAAUCCCUUUAACAUUUGGGUAGAAAGACAUUAGUGAUCGAUUUAGAUGAAACUUUGGUUCAUAGUUCUUUCAAUUAUAUUUCAGAUCCAGAUUUUAUUUUGAAGGUUUGAAUUAUGUUUAUUAAGAGAUAAAAGUAAUGAAUGCAAAUUAUACAAUUUAUGUUAGAAUAAGGCCUGGUGCUGAAGAAUUCUUAAUAAAAAUGGCAGAAUUUUAUGAAAUCUUUAUAUUUACAGCUAGUAUUUGUGAAGUAUAUUAAUGAAUAUAUUUAAGUAUGCAAAUCCUGUGAUAGAUAGAAUAGAUUAAAAAGGAGUUUGUGCAUUAAGAUUAUUUAGACCAAAUUGUUCAAUAUUGAAUGGAGUUUUUGUGAAAGAUUUAUCAAAAUUAUAGAGAUCAAUUAAUAACAUAAUAAUAAUAGAUAAUACUCACACUUCUUUUUCUCUUUAACCUAAAAAUGCUAUUCAUAUAAAAAAUUAUUUUGAUGAUCCUAGUGAUACAGAAUUAUUGGAUUUAAUACCAUUUUUAUAAUUACUAAGUACAUUUGAUGAUGUUAGACCAGUUGGAGAAUAUUGGAAACAAUAUAUAAGAUCAGAAAAGAUCAGAUAUACAAGGAAUGGAGAAUCAUAUAUUUAUGAUAGGAAUCGAAAUGAAUCUUAUGAUGUAUAAUAUUAUUAUAAUUAAUUAGGAAGUAGAUCCUAUUAAUUAGACUAUUGAUUAAGUUAAGGAUGAUUAAAUGUUAUUGGGAAAAUAAUAAUUGAAAUUAUAAACUAACUUUGCUAUUGAUUAUGAUGAAGUGAAUGAUAUCACAGAAAAUGAUGAAGAAAUAUAAUUUAGAAAUGAAUAGGGAAUUAAUUCUCCAAAUUUAAAUAAAUAACAUUUUAAUGAAAUAGAUUAGAGUGAUUAAAAUUUAUGA